CUAAUUUAUAUUUAAAUAUUUUUAUUUUUAACUGUUUUUUUCGUUUUUGUUUCUAAUUAAAUAGUUUUAUUGGAAAUGAUUUUUAUACUGAUUUAAAACAUUGUUUUGAUACAAAUCAAAUGAAUGUGAUUGAUUAUAGAAAUUAUAUUCAAUAUGAACAUGAACAUGAACAAAUAUUGAUUAAUUAUAUAAAACAAAUAUUUAUUCGAAGACGACAACAAUUUCUUCAAAUAACGUGUCUUGAACAAGCUCGAAAACAAGAUGAUAAUCUUGUCUUUCAUUGGAAAUAUGAUGAAAAAACAGAAACAACUAAUGUUUUUACUCUAUCAAGUGUUUAUUCAACAUCAAAUACUAAGAAAAAAGAUGGUACUAAUUAUUUUGAUGAAACAUCUCCAAAUGAUACAAAUGUGUUAUCGACUGUUACAUUACAUACGAAUAAUAAAAAUACUCCAUGCUAUCUUUCAUUUGCUCAUUAUGAUCCAAUAGAUAGACAAGACGUAUCUUGCUUUGAUGCUCGUUUACUUUAA